GUGGAAAAUUUACAUAACGUAUAUAAAGUUUAUAUCAAGUUAAUGUUUGAGUGCAACUAAAACUUAAAGCAGAUAAAUUGACCCGGGGUCUGGUGCGUGGCUCCUGCAGCAGAUGCCCGCAGGUCUGCAGGCCGUCUGAGAGCAGCUGUCGGCGGGACCACAGCCGGACUGUGACCGCGGACCUCUGGACUCUGCAGCCGUGAAACCUCCGCAGCUUUCCUUCAGUUUCUGCGUGCAGACAUGAAGAGGAGACUCCUGCUGGUGUCCAACUCCACCCUGCACGGCAGCGGGUACCUGGACCACUGUCAGCACCACAUCUCACGCUUCUUCGGAAAAGAUGUGAAGCGGGUGCUGUUUGUGCCGUACGCUCUCCACGACAGGGACGCCUACACCAAAACCGCCAGAGACAAGUUUAAGACUCUGGGUUACGAGGUGGACGGCAUCCACGAGGCCCCGGACCCCGUCGACGCCGUCCGGAAGGCUGAGGGUAUUUUUAUAGGAGGAGGAAACACUUUCCGGCUCCUGAAGAGUCUCUAUGACAACAAGGUGGUGACGGAGAUCCGGAGGAGAGUCCUCGAGGACGGCGUCCCCUACAUGGGCUCCAGUGCCGGCACCAACGUGGCCACCGUCAGCAUCAACACCACCAACGACAUGCCCAUCGUCUACCCUCCGUCCUUCUCCGCCAUUGGCCUCGUCCCCUUCAACAUCAACCCGCACUACCUGGACCCCGACCUCAAAAGCCGCCACAUGGGGUGAACCAGAGAGCAGAGGAUCACCCAGUACCAUGAAGAACCUGAUACUCCUUGUGUCCUGGGUCUGAGGGAGGGAUCCCUGCUGCUGGUGGAGGGCGACAAAGCCACACUACUGGGAACCACCAAGGCCAGACUCUUCACCCGGGGGAAGCCCACAGUGGAGUACGACCCAGGUAGUGACCUCAGCUUCCUGCUCACACGUUGACCAAUCAGAGGGAAACAGGAAACAAGUGCCAGUGUCUCACCCUUUCACAAUAUUGUUGUGGAUGAAUGUUGUGGUUGAAACACAAUAAAUAUUAAAAGUCCA